AUGGAGAAGGGGGGUCGCUCCUCGUUAGCCAUGGGGCUGCUGAAAACCUUCGAGUCCAGCGAGUUCGUGAGCUGGGAGAAGAUCGGCUCCGGGGGCUUCGGGCAGGUUUACAAAGUCCGCCACAUACACUGGAAAACGUGGCUCGCCAUCAAGUGCUCGCCCAGCCUGCAUGUGGAUGAGAAAGAGCGUAUGGAGCUAUUAGAAGAAGCCAAGAAAAUGGAAAUGGCAAAAUUUCGUUAUAUUCUUCCAGUUUAUGGUAUCUGUAAAGAGCCUGUGGGCUUGGUCAUGGAAUACAUGGAGACAGGAUCACUGGAGAAGCUUCUGGCCUCUGAACCACUGCCUUGGGAUCUACGCUUCCGGAUCAUCCAUGAGACAGCUGUGGGCAUGAACUUCCUUCAUUGCAUGUCUCCACCUCUGCUCCACCUGGACCUUAAGCCAGCAAACAUACUGCUUGAUGCUCAUUAUCAUGUCAAGAUUUCAGACUUUGGAUUAGCCAAGUGCAACGGCCUUUCUCAUUCUCACGAUCUCAGCAUGGAUGGCCUUUGUGGCACCAUUGCAUACCUGCCCCCGGAGCGCAUCAAAGAGAAGAACAGAUACUUUGAUACCAAGCAUGAUGUCUACAGCUUUUCUAUUGUUAUCUGGGGAGUUCUCACACAGAAAAAACCAUUUUCAGAAGAGAAUAACAUCUUGCAUAUUAUGGUGAAAGUAGUUAAUGGCCACCGCCCAGAGCUACCAGCCAUUUCCAAAUCCAGACCUCGUGCAUGCAAUAACUUGAUCAAACUGAUGCAAAAGUGCUGGCAAGAUGACCCCAGCAAGAGGCCAACAUUUCAAGAAAUUACCUCAGAAACAGAAGACCUAUGUGAAAAACCUGAGCAUGAAAAUAAGGAAAUGAUAGUUCAGGAAGAUGCUAAAACCACUCAGGCUUACCCCAAGGAGGCGCCUGGGCUUUCCCAGUUAAAGCAAGAGUUCGAUCCAAUAUCCGCUGAGGAUUACAGCCUUUCUGAGUUGCUGUCCCAGCUGGACUCAGGGAUUUCUCAGACAGAAGAGCCAGAAGAGCUCAGUCGUAGUGCUUCUGAAUCUCAGCUUGCCUCCAGUGACAAGAGGCUUUCAGGAGUGUCCUCUGUAGAUUCUGCCUUCUCUUCACGAGGUUCCCUGUCACUCUCAUUUGAGCGAGACAAUUCUGGAACAGAUAUUGGCACGAUGGAUAUUCAGAAAAGAAAGCUGGCAGAGGCAAUCACGUCUGGGGACACUGGCAAACUGAUGAAGAUCCUUCAGCCCCAAGACGUUGACCUUGUUCUGGAUGGGAACUGUAGCCUUCUGCACUUGGCUGUUGAGUCAGGCCAAGAAGAGUGUGUCAAGUGGCUUCUUCUGUACAAUGCCAACCCCAAUCUGACCAACAAGAGAGGCUCUACACCUCUCCACAUGGCUGCCGAGAAGAAGAACAAAAGCAUUGUUGAGUUGCUUCUGGCAAGGAAAAUUAAUGUGAAUGCUAAGGAUGAGGACCAGUGGACAGCCCUUCACUUUGCUGCCCAGAACGGGGAUGAGCUGAGCACGAGAAUGCUGCUUGAGAAACACGCCUUGCUGAACGAGAUAGACUUUGAGGGGAGAGCUCCCAUCCACGUGGCCUGCCAGCACGGCCAAGAGAACAUAGUGCGUAUCUUUCUGAGAAGAGGAGUGAAUGUUGGUGUCAAAGGGAAGGAUGACUGGGGACCUUUGCAUUAUGCUGCUUGGCAAGGUCACCUGUCCAUAGUGAAGCUCCUGGCCAAGCAGCCCGGGGUCAAUGUGAAUGCGCAGACCGUGGAUGGAAGAACCCCGUUGCACCUGGCAGCCCAGAGGGGGCAUUACAGGGUUGCUCGCAUUCUUGUAGAGUUGCAGUCAGACGUCAAUAUAAGAAACGCUUGCCUGCACACUGCUCUCCAUGUUGCUGCCGAGACUGGCCACACCAGCACCUCCAGGCUGCUUCUCAACCGCGGCACAGAUGUAGAAGCAACGUCAGCAGAAGGCUUCACUGCCCUCCACCUUGCGGCUCGCAAUGGCCACUUAUCGACGACCAAGCUGUUGAUUGAAGAAGGGGCCAAUAUCCUGGCCAGGGGCCCCUUAAACAGGACAGCACUGCACCUCGCUGCUGAAAAUGGGCAUGCUGAGGUUGUAGAAGAACUCGCCAGACCAGAAAAUGUAAAUGACCCUGAUGAGGAAGGGUUGACGGCCCUGCACCUGGCAGCAAAAGGUGGACAUAAGCACACAGCUGACAUUCUUUUACAGCGCGGUGCCUUUGCAGAUAGGCAAAACCUUGCAUUUCAAACCCCACUGCAGCUGGCUAAGCAACACGAGAACACAGCAGUUGCCACGCUGCUCAGUGAGAGAUAGGUCACUGAGUUUUGGGUCUUCCCAGAGAGGCUGGGAGAUGCAAAAUCUCGGGGACGGGGGGGUUGCCUCAGCUCACGCCUGUAGUGUGUGCACCUGCACGGGUUUUACAGGCGAGUAUGCAUUCUGCCUGAGUAGAAGCUACUUCUGGAUGCAGCAAUGCAGCCUAAGAAUCUGAGUGAGCGUGGUAGCAAGGGUCAAGGGAACCCUGCACACCGACUGAUGCUUGCCUGUAAGGUGGUGUGGAGGAAGCCACGUAUACAGGCAUGGUUCCUUCCCAGGCACUUCAGCAGUAGGGAGUAGACUUGCCCUAUAGAUGGUACAAGGAGUAGUUUUUAAAAAGAGACAGAGUUAAGGGAAUGCUUGACUCUUUCAAGGUAGAGUCAAUAUCUAAUAUUUCAAUCAUUUUUUUACAUUCAGACAUUAUGAGAGAAGCAUCUUGGAAUGUCGCACUAGAAUAUUUUUGAAAUUGAUCUUUCAUUGCAUUCCUUCAUGAUGCCUAAGUCAAUAAAAACAUUUUACCUUGCUAAAAGUACUGUAAAGAUGGUUAUCCUUAGGCCAUAUAAACAGCGAUCAUGAUCUCAGUCUCAUAAUGCAUAAGGGAUUAAGGAAAAAGAAUGCAAGAAAUGAUGAUUUCAAAGCCACACAUUUCUGUGUUCUAAGAUGAGCCGCUUUUCCAUGUCUAUCAUAAUCAUCCAGAGCUUGCAAUAACAACUGUGAGCAUCCAAAUUAUGAGUGAAGGGAGUAUUGCAUAGAAAUUCUUUUCUGAUGUACAAUACCAGCUUAUGUAUAUAUACAGUGUAUAUGCAUGAUAUUUUCAAUACGUAAAUGAAUGAAACAAAACACAGGAAGGUUCUGAGCACAUGUGUGUGUCUGUAUGCAUGCUAAAGCAGGAAAAAUCAUAGAAGUAUAAGCAUAGCUAAAAUGCAGCAGUCUAAAUCUCUUAGGAGCAGCUUUUAAGCGGUGUACAUAACUGAACCACAUUUACGGUACUGCAGUAUCUUUUGAACAAAUGUAUUGUGUUGGAUAGACUAAUAUAAAAAUAUACUGUGUAUAUAGUAUUCCAGCCCAUUGUACAUCUUUUUUCUACUACAGAAAAUUGACACUCUUCAGA